UCUGUCAUUCGCGCGAAUUCGCACGUUGCGCAGCAAAAGCUAUGUGUUUAUAUUGAGUUAUUGACCAAAUCGUGAUUCUCGAUGAAGGAAUAAAAAAGAAGUUUACUAAAGCUCCGAUGACAAUUGUAAAAGCAGCUCUCCUACAAAGUUAUUUGGUUAAUGUUACGAUAAAACAUUGAAAAUUGUGAAACUUUCCUGUAAAUACAACUUUAAUUUCUACGAACGGAUUUUGUUUUGAAUCAAGUUAAUUUGUGUAAAAUAAAAUAUGAAGCCAGACGUAUAUAACGAUAUUAGACUUAGCAUAAAACUAUUCAAAGGUCUCUCAAGACAUUGUGGAAAAAUGCUUCAGAGCACCUAUCCAAGCGUUGAUAGAAAUACUUUGUUGAGUAUACUUCAGCAAGAGAUUACUCAACGAAUGAAAGUUAAUCAUUCAAAAGUUUUUGGAAAAGAUAAAUCUUACUAUGGAGCUUAUUUAGAAGCUGUUCAAAAAGGAGAAUCUGCUGGAAUAUUGUUGAGGAUGGCAACCGCACUUGAAACUUGUCCUAUGUUAUUAGCUAAGCGUAUUUUAAAAUCUUGCUAUGAUCCAGAAGACAAAAUGAAUAAUAAGGACCUAAACAAACUAAUGCAUGAUACAACUUUAAUUGAAGAUGCAACACUAGCAUAUGAAAUUUAUUUGUGUGUUCUUUUUGAUGAUCAAAAUGGUCCAAUAUCAAACUCAAUUAAAGACUCUAUUGGUAGAGAAUAUGAAUUGAAAUUAGAGCGACUUUUAGACAAUCGUAAAAUUCCAUUUCAUAAUGAAGAAUUCCUUAGAGCAAAAGGAUAUGACAAAACACCAGAUUGUAAAUUAAUUUUACCAAUUGCUGUAAAUGGAAAAAUUAUAAAUUGGAUUGAAUCCAAAGCUCAGUUUGGUAGUCCAACUGUUCAUCAAAGAUAUCACAAGGAACAAUACUCUAGUUAUUGGAAUAGAUUUGGAACUGGAUUAGUAAUUUAUUGGUUUGAUUUCUCAGAUGAUAUUAUAGACACAGAAGAAAAAAGAUACAUUGUUAUGAAUAAAUUUCCUGAACAUAUAGUUACUAUGGAUCCUAGUGCCAUCAAGUGAUAGUUAAACGGAGAAAAAAUUGUACAUAAAUAUUUUUAAUCUCUUGUAAUUAGUGCUUCCAAUAGCAAUGUAACGUCGUGAUUGUCUCUUUUAUAAACUUAAACUUAAAUGUAUGUAGCUUGUUAUUUGCUCUACUUACUUGGACAUAACAAUUAAAAAUUAAUUUAAAUCUUAUUGUAAUGGAAAGAAAAUUACAAAUUUGUUUUGAAACGGUGAAAAUUUUGAUUUAAAAACAUCUUUAUAACAACUUUGAAAUAAAAUAUUUUUAUUUUAUCAAUGUUUCAGAAAAGAUGUUUGGCACAAAUACUUAAUGUACAAUAAUUUUUCUUUCAUAUUCAUAAUGUUAUUUAGAAAUGAGUAGGGUGAAUACACUAUUGAGAAUAUAUAUCUAUAUUCAAUAAUAAAAACAGAAUUUUAUAGUAAGAAUCACUUUUUAUUAGUAACAUAAUAAAAGUGUGCAUUACAAAUUUUUAUGUUAUGACAUGUAAACAUUUUUGAACCACAGUAUGUUGAAUAUCGUGCAGCAUAAUUUUUAAAUGUUAAUAGUAAAAAAUGUAAUAAUGUUAUAAAAAGAUAUUCAUGAAUGUCAUUAACAAUAAACAUCACAUAUUUUUAAAAUUA